GGGUAUUGUCUUAGCUUUCAUGUUUGAAUGUCUCCCUUGCUCGCUAUGGACUUAGAAUCCAUGAAACUGAAAAGAAGAAGGUUUUGUUUUUCAGAUUUUAGACUUUCUCCGUGGAAGAGGGGUGGAUGAAAUAGUAAUUGAACAAUUUGGAAAGCAGAAGGUGAUUAUGGCUUGUUGAGCUUGCGAUUAUUUAUGCUUUGCCCCUAUCACAAAGGUUUAUGGCAAGAUUUCCGUAAAAAGCCCUGCAUUAUGUACACAAUUUUGAUUAAUUAGAUGCAGACGCUCUUUUGUUUCUGGUUUUGUUUAUGCUUUUGCAUAAUUAGUAACAGUGUCUCACGCAGGCACGUCAACCGGUCAACUCAGAAAAGUGAACCGUUAUUUAGAGGCCUACAAGCAGGGCUGCCCUGCCUUAAUCCUCUGAGGCCCAACAUCCAAACAAUUUUUCUAGACUGAUUUCCAUACAUAUCCGUAAAGAAUUAAUUGAAAGAAUUGGUCAAUUGAUUAAGGCAUAUCAACAGCAUUUAACCUCACGCACAGUUGAUAUAAUUAAAUUUUGUGAUGAGCUAAUCAUUGAUAUCGUUUGGAGAAAACGUCAGGAGUCUACCCUCUCUUCAUAGUAAAGGCAAAUUGCUCCUUGUGGUUUUAGAGUAUUGUUUUCAUUUGUUUUAUAGAUUGAUGGUCUUGCAGUGGGUAAGAUGAAUGAAUCCCACUUUAAAGAUCUUGGGUUAAAUGCUAUGUGAGACCGAUUUGCUUUAAUAGCAUUUUGUACCCAAAGUCCAAAUUUAGAUGAUAAAAUAGAACGUCUUAAAGAAGCACUAAACAGCAGGGGAAAGCGUUCAGGGGACCAGUCAGCAGCAACUGUAGAUGGUACAGUUUGUAGAUCUAAAAGAGUUUCCAAAUCAACCUUAAAAGUGGAAUUUGGCUGGAAACAUCUUAUCAAUGGCAAGUAUGUGCAGGUAAAGAAAGGAAAAGGUGGUGGAAAUCGCACAGUGGGAAUGCCGAGGCAUGCAAAGUAUGAAGAAUGUUUAUUAAAAGCACAGGAACUCUUUUUCCCCAAUCUGAAUAGCCAGUACGGCAAAUAUUCAGACAUGGACACCCAUUAUUUGGGCAACGACAAUGUUGAAAAAGUGGAAGAGGAAGGUUUCAGUGUGGAAGAAUACAAGGAGAAGAGUGGAAUGACUUUACCUCGGCUUUACCUGGUAACAAACGCAAAGGUUCAAACUAGUAAGUUCGUGACAUAAAAUUUGAAACUGACAUUCUAAUUAGAGACAUCAACUUGUAUGGGAAUGUUUUGUUCCACAGGUUUUUUUCUUGUAAUUAUUAUCCCCCCCCCCCCUCUCUCUACCCACGAAAAGAGUAAAAGAAAUGACCCCACAAUGUCUUCAAUGAAUAUAGAUUCAUUUUCUGACAAUACAAGCUUGAAUGGAGAGUUCUUCAGAACUCUACAAUCUAAAUACCUCUGUGAAGUGAAUGAAUACAUUCUAAUGAAGUUUUUAUUAUGAUGAUUACCAAAAGGCAAUCUUGGUGUUCAUAACAAGAGUUAUUAGUGAACUUACAUUUUUUGUAUGCAACAGGACAGUAGAGGAAAGAAGACAGCGUACCUUGUAUGACAAGCAUGACAAAAUUUUGUUUGGAAACAUUUUCCAUGAAACUUCAUCUUCCAUAAACAGAUAUUUUUAUAAAAGAUCAGAGCACAUUUAUGUUAAGUGAAAUUCAUGACAAACAGGCAAGACAUCUGUUCUUUCAGACAGCCAUCCUGUCGUAUAAGCUCACUUUUAAUGAUUUGUGGUUGCCAACCUAAAAAGCUCUUUUAGCUUUAACAUUAAAAAAAUACCCAAAACAUCCUACUUCUAUUAAAGGAAGAGACAAUAAGUUGAUGAUUAUAAAGAAAUUGUGAAGUCUGAUCUAUUGAUUUGGUGAGAAUGUUGUGCCAUAAAAAUGAUAUCUUUUUUAUCCUUUCUCUUUUCAAGGAGCUGUGCAGAAGAAAAUUACUAGUGUGUCUGACAGUUUGCCUACCAGUUCGGUACUGUAAUGUUGUUGAAAUACUGUAAUGGUUAAUUUCCACCUUUACACUUUAAGAGCCCAGCCUCAUCUACUCUUAGCAACAAGGAGGAAAACAUAUGGUGACUGAUUGUUUUUCCUUUGUAUUGUUGAUUUCAGGAUGCACUUUCUCAACAAAAGGAGUUGCAUAUAUCAGAAGAGUUGCCUGUUAAUUUUAUGGAGGUACAUGUGUCAGUCAUAAUCUUUAAAAUUAGGUUUCCUUUUGCUUCAUAGGAGUGGUAAUGCCUGACAAAAGCUCUCCAGAAAGGCAAAAAUGGAUUGUGGGAGGUUUACCACAUGCAGUGUUCAAGAAGGAGGGAUGGCUAAAACCAGGAAUAUGGCUAGAACAACUAAAAUAGUGCAGACCCCAGCUCCCACUCCAUAAUUAUAGUGCCAGCACUAGGAUGAAAUUAUGUACAUAAAGUUCUGUCCACUGUCAUUAUUAGUUUUCUAAUCCUACUUAUGUGUCCCUUCUAACUGAAGAUGGCAUCGGCAAUGUGACAUGUCAUACAAGUCUAUGUGAUCAUGAUUUACUUGCUGUUUACAUUGUUUCAGGAGGAUGACAAUGAUGAACACACUGGACUAUCUGAUCUGUUGGUAAGCAAGUUUUCAGAUGAUUCAAAAAUCAGUGAUAACAUUUUCAGUAGGAUAAUAUUUUUUUAAAAAAGCAGUUUUUGUGGAUUCCUACAUUACAUGUUCACACAUUCACAGAGUGGAUUCAUUAAUAAUCAGAGGCCACAUGCAAAAAUUCAGCUGAUUUGGAAGAAGAAAAAAAAACCACCCAAAAUGGCACUUAGCAUUCGGUUAAUCCAAGCCCUUAUUAUUUGCACCAUAUGAAUAGGUCAUGAGGGAAACACUGGUAACAAGAAAGAAUUUAACAGAAACUAAACUCUGCGAAAUGACUGUACUAGUAGUUGUGCCAUUCCCUCUCAUCGCAAUGCUUUGUUGAAGUAACUGAGUAGAGCCUAUCUUUCCGUAGGAAGCAGAGGAAAGUCUCAUUAAGACCAGGGUUGCGGUAAGUACCCCAGUUUACCCUAGUCUUAAUAAAGGUUUAUUUUCAGUCUGAAAUUGAAACAGUUUAACUUUGUGAUUAAAAAUAUUCAUUUUAGGUAAAUUCAUUUUUCCAAAAUGUGAAAGAAACAAAAAGAAAUUGACAAAUAUACCUUGAAUAUUAUUUUCUUUGCUAAGAUUUCUUUACUUGUGUCCCUGAUGGUUUGAGAUUUUAGUAAUUUUUAUUAGUACUUUUGAUAUUUAUUCAUUUUUAUUUGUAAUAAUUAUUACUGAAGUAAAUUAAUUAAUUAAAUGAUAAUAUUGUUAAUUUUAUACUUUUCUUUGUCUCACAGUGGUGUUCCAAAAAUGUUUCCAACUUUGAGGAACCCCAGCUAACCGAACCUCAUAUUGUGACAGUGGUGUUCCCCUCAAAAUUCAUGAGAAGUACUACAACAAGGACAUUCAACUUAACUGCUGUUGUUAAGGUGAUGUCAUAAAAUGCCAUCAAUCUGACAGUAUAUGGAGAUAAUGUUAAAAUGCAAGUAUAAUUUAGAUUAAAAGUAAACAAGCAAAAUGAUGUCAGUCUGGUUUCUGAGAACUGCCAGCCAAAUAAUCUGCAUUUCGGAAGAAUUUUUUCCUCUUUUAUCAUCAUCAUCAUCACCACCACCACCACCACCAUUGUUUACCUUUCCCAUUUGUGAUUGAUAUAAAUCCCCUGGCUAAUUCUUCAUGACAAAGCUAGUGUUGACCACACUUCGAAUAUGCAAGCAAUGUCAGAUGCAAUGUUAUAUUUCCCCAAUAUGAAAUGGCAACCUCAUUUUCAGUCAGUGGUGUGGCUAGCUGUUGGGGGUGGUUGAGGGUUGGGGAAAGAGUUAAUAGAUAUCUCAAGAUGGAAUGGCUGUAUUUCCCUUACAUCCUUUAUUAAGCUCCCUCUCUCAAUAACCCCCCUUUUUCAAGAAAAAAAAGGUUAUAAGCCCCCCCCCCCUCUUUUUUGCAUGCAGGAUGAUUUUUUUAUCUAACAAUAGUUUGAUUCUCCUUGACACAGGAUUUGUACACUUGGAUUGGAAGCUUCCCAUCAGUUCCACUGCAUUUUUCAGUGGUCUUAGACAAGGGAUCCAUUUUAAAGGAUCUGAAUCAGCCACUUUGUCAGAUUGGAUGUCACAUUGUUGUGGAAGUCCUAGUGAGUAUAUCUGAGUAAUUUAAAAGGAAGUGCUGUGCUAAGCUAAGAGUCUGGUUUUUUAAGACCUAUUUAUGUUUUACUUUAACAAAAAUUCAGUUGUCUUAUACAGGGUUUCAUAUACACGUCUUGAAAACCAUUGGAUUUUAGAGUCCUUUUAAGGCCUUGAAAGUCCUUGAAGUUCUCCUUCAUUCGUGGGAAGUCCUUGAAUUUUAAUUUAGGACCAGUUUCAAUCCUCUAAAAAAACUUUGGCAAAUACCAGUUGGAAGGCAACGUCAGAAUAAACUCGGUAUUGAGUUGAAAGUCCGGUUUGGACUCACAAACGAAUUUUCAUAAAAAAAUAGUUGCCCUUAAGAACUAAAGCCCAUUAUCAUUGGAAUGUACUUGUGUUUUAUUUGGAAUGUGUUUUAAAAGUAGUAAAUACAGAUUAAGGUCCUUGAAUUUUCAAUGCGGUCAUUGAAAGUCCUUGAAAAGUCCUUGAAUUUUAUAUGUGUGUUAUCCUGCUUAUACCUAUAAUCCUGGUUUGCUCUAACCUUCCUUUUGUUAUUUUACGCCGGCACGGUAUCAAUUCUUGUUGGAGUAACCUACUAUUGCUAUGCACCUCCUCUUCACAGCAAAUACCUCCAGAUGUUAUAACUGGAAACAAGGACCUUAUGUCUUCAGAACUGAAAUGUCAGGUGAGAACAAUAAAAUUAGUUUUUAAUUUUUAUUCUCUCAUCCUGUUAGACAAGGAAUAGAUGGCUUUCCAUUUUGCUUUGUUCCCAUGUAUUACAGCUGUAAUCCUAAAACAUCAUCAUCAUUUUCUGCGUUUUGUAUUGUACAGUGUGCCAUAUGCAAAGAAGUAUUACUUGCAGAUGACCUGAUUGCCCGACCGAACAACUGCUUGCAUAUGUAUCACUUCAUCUGCAUUGAUGAGUGGUUGAAGGUAGGUUUUAUUGUUUGCUAUAUUUUUAGUAGUGAUCAUGAAGAGAUUGUUCGAAGCAUCCUAUUGGAAAGAUGUUUGAAGCUAGAUUUAGUUACUGAAAGAACAGUUGCUGGCAGUGAUCAGGAGCGUCGAGGUUCCUUCAGACUUGCUUAUAAAGAAUGUCAUAGUGAUGUCCUCAUCGACUAUAAGACAGUGCUCAAUAGUAGAACUAGAGCAGAAUACAAGUGGACUGAUGGAACUGGAUUAAAUUUAGAACAUUUAUUGCUACUCAGACCAUGCCUCUUGCAAAGCAAACAAUUAGGCAACUGCCAAAACUAACGGUUACAAUAAAAGAUAUAGGGAAAACAGGACAAUGAAUACUAGGUGUGGUGCGUGGGACAUAUCAUACCACUGGUUAAUGCAAUGUACACUUUUUAUCCCAUGCGCCAUAAGAAGUAUUCAGUUUUCUUAUAGAAUCUUCUCAUGUAUUCGGUAUUUGAAGGCAGUGGAAUGUUUUUCGUUGAGUAGUUAAAAUUAAUCUUCUCCAUUGUAAUAUAGGUAGAUGAGGAGGGUAUGUCAUGUCCAAUUUGUGAAACACGCUUUACAUGCACCAUUAUGUGUUCCACGCAGGAGGAACCAAGCAAGACACAGGUAUUCAUUUUUAUUAUUCUUUAUAAAAUUAUUCAUACUGUUAGUGUUAAACUGGUAACCAGUUCCUGGUACUUGACAUCCUGCAGCCUUAGUACUCUUAGCCGUAGAAGCUGUCGGAGGAUUGUUAUAUUCAUCAUCAUUGCUAUUAUUUAUUAUUGCUAUUAUUGUUAUAGUCAUUAUCGUUAUUAACCAGAUAUCACAGUUGGUCUGGCCUACUUGCUCUUUUUGACUAGUUACUAAACUCAGUUUAGAACGCUGUUAACAAUGCUUUGUGCCACAGUAGUAAUGACCUCUUUCUAGCGGCCAGUACUGUCUUUUGCGAAUUUAUUUUAACACCUCCAAUUUUCUAGUGAUUUUUGAUAAAUGUUUCUUCACCUGGUUUUUCUUGUAAGUUAAGUAGUACUUUUUUGAAAAUAAAGUUUGCACAAAGUAUUUUAAUGCAUUACUUAGGAAGCAAAUAUGGCAAAAUUAAAAUUUUUUAAACUUUAUACUUUGGAAACCUUGUUUCGAUUGUAAAUGUACUUUGUUAUUGUUGAUUGUUGUUGUGGUUGCCUUGCCAACAUCAACGUUACUGUUUUUACUUAUUGAUAGGAAAGCAGAGAAGCCAUUGAUGAUAACAUUUCUAAUGAAGCCCAGCCACUCUUAUUUGAAGAGUACAUGGACAAUGGCCAAGGUAUAAAUCCUUCCAUUUACAGGUGUAAAUAGAAACAAAGUGUCAGUGUGGUCAAGAGAUUUUUCUUGGUGUGGUUAAAAGCUUACUCUUUUUUAAUGUUUACAAAUCUAAUAUAUAGGCUGCCUUUUUGGAGUGGACAUACGUAGUGGAUCAUAUUCUGGAAGUUAUUACAGUAAAAGCUAGAUUUUUUUAUCGAACAUGCCGAAUUAUUCGAACCACAAACCUUGUCUUUGCGUAAUUAUUUACUUUCAUUAUUGUAACUGUGCUCUCUCAUAUGUUACAUGAUUCUUUGGAAGAAUCAUAUAAAUUGCUUCAUUUUUACUUUGUACCGAUUUUUGCAUAAAUAUCCUUUUCUGCAGGAGGGUUCAAAAAGCGGACUCUCUUUCUUUUAACUUGAUCCCCUUAAUGUUUACUCUUCCAGAGCCCAGUAGAUUGUACGAGGCAAGGGAAAAGGAGUGGGAUGGGCUACACAACUGCACACAAGCAACUGUAAACCGAGAUCUCAUCGGUGACGACCUGAUCAAGUUGUAUAGACAGCAGGACACCUGUUUCACAACACUAGAUGUGAAAUUUCUUAACGAGCCAGCUGAAGAUGCGGACGGUUUAACACGAGAGCGGUUUUCCCAGGGUUGGAAAACCAUCCUCCCUCAAUUCUUUGAGGGUACCACAUUCCACGUGCCUCGCGUUGAUCCGGACUGCACUGAAGAGUUGUUCGAGAUUUUGGGCCGCAUUGCAAGCCAUGGAUUUGUACUCACUGGCUACUUUCCAGUUGGUAUAGCGCCCGCGUCAGUUAUUGGCAUAUUUGAUUAUCAGUCCUUGAGUGAUGUUGAUCUCAUUUACAGCUUCCUUUCCUUUCUAACGGAGGGGGAAAGAGCAACUGUUGAAAAAGCCAUGUGCAUAAAAGUUGGUGUAGACGACAUUAUCGUCGACGUUCUCUCCCGUUUUAACGUUCGAGAGAUUCCCUCUAACCCGUCGGGUUUCCGUUCUUUGUUUCUUCGCAUUGCUAAAUGCGAAUUUGUAACAAGGCCCAGUGUUUUAAUGGCAGCCUUUAAAAAAGGGAUGCUUAUGUCGCAUCAGGUGCUGUGGAAUGAUUUGAACGCAGCUUCCAUCAGGGCGUUGUAUGCAAAGCUUUAUCCAUCUCCAGACAAAGUGAUGGAAUUACUUCAGCCCAACGGAGAUUACGUGCCCCUAACCGCUCGCCGUGAGAGAGUUUUCGAAUUCCUUCGGCGAUAUGUUCGUGGUCUCUCCAGGGAUAAGGUGCCUGUCUUCCUUCAGUUUGUAACAGGUAGUAGUCUGGUGCUCGUUCCACGUAUUGAAGUGGCAUUCACAACCCUUUCAGGAAUCCAGAGGCGUCCCAUUGCCCACACAUGUUCUUGCCGAGUAGACCUGUCUACUGAGUACGAAUCCUUUGCCGCAUUUUGCAAAGAAUUUGAUACAGUUAUCUCAAAAGAAGAGUGUUUUGCGUACAAUGCCAUUUAAAGGUAGUAGAUGGUUUUCUGUACCACCCUUAAAGUAUCCAUCUUGUUAUCCGUGUUUGUUUGUUUGUUUGCCGUUGGCAACCGUCGCUUGAUCACGCUUUGUUGAUGUUAUUUCCGUAGUGCCUAUAGCUUAAUCCACAAUAUACCAAUCCUGAAAGUUGGUAUCAUUUGAUGUAGUAGUUCUCAUGUGCACAGGAUACUGAACGAACGAUCCUAACAAUUCGCUGAGCUUUAAACUUUUAGUUCCAUUAACUGAACUUAGAAAUGCAAAUUGAUGUUGAUCAUUUGUACUGUAUGUACUUAGCUAGAAGAGAAGAUCCAUGCGUUGAGCGUGGUAUUGCCUAUCAAGUGAUUAAGAAAUUUGUUGACGUUUUCCAAGUACGUUAUGUUGUUGUUAGUAAACUAAGGGACUCAACGUUGUUGUCACGUCACCUUGGAUCGUUGCUGCUGUGUGUGUAUCGUUGCUAACCUAAGAAACAGGUUAGUCUGUUAGUUUUGGUUCUGACAGAGCUUUGAUGAAGGAAACCCUUAUCAGAUGUUUUUUACACCUGAUGUGAGGUUUGACAUAGUUUCAAUAAAGUAAAGAUCAAGUGCAAUACUGAAUAAUAAACUCACAGACGUUUUAUUCUUCAAAUCUCUAUAUUUACUUCAUU